CAUGGGCACAGGCUGCGGAUAAAUCCCUGCGAGUGCAGGAGUGCGGCUGCAAGCAGAGACGGACUGCCAGCGUCUUGCCCCUGUUGUCAGCCCCAGCGUGAUGCUCCUCAUCCCACUGCCAGCCUGGCUGGCCCUGGGCAUCCUGCAGCUGCCCCUCAGCAGCACCCAGGAGUGCCUGAACCGGCAGCAGGCACUCAGCGUGGUGCGGCAGAUGCAGAAGCUGCUGGUGGCACAGGAGGCCGCCCACCUGCAGGGCACCCGUGGGCUCCGGCACCAGCUCUCCAUCCUCCAGAGCCACCUCCAGAGAGCGGCCACCAAACACAACGAGAUCUGCCCACAGCUGGCAGUGCCCCUGAAUGGACGGAUGCUGGGCCGGAGCCUGCGCGUGGGCCACGAGGUUCACUUCAUCUGUGACGCCGGAUUCCGGCUGGUGGGCUCAGAGACGCGCGCCUGCCGGCACAACCGCACGUGGAGCGGCACCCAGCCCUUCUGCAGAAGUAUUGAUGACUGCUCCAGCAACCCCUGUGCCAACAGCGGGACCUGCGUGGAUGGCAACCAGAGCUACACGUGCCUCUGCCCCCCCGGCUGGUCAGGCCCCAGCUGCCAGAGCCCCAUCUACUCCUACUGGGUGACACUGAGCAACACCUCCUUCAGCCGCCAGCCCCGCUGUGCCGAGGGCCGCUCGGGCUCCCGGCGCUGCAGCUGUGACACCGGCUUCCAGCUGCAGCCUGGCGGUGUGUGCCAAGAUGUGGAUGAAUGCCAGCUCUACCAGUCCAGCCCUCAGACGCAGAUUUGCCUCCAUGACUGCCUCAACCUCCCAGGCUCCUACCGCUGCCUCUGCCCCCCUGGGUAUCUGCUCCACGCUGACCGCAAUGCCUGUGAGGAUGUGAAUGAGUGCACUGGGAAGCAGCACAACUGCAGCCAGGGCGACCUCUGCAUCAACACCUUCGGGGGCCACCACUGCGUGCGCCCCAAGUGCCCCCCACCACGCCACAACACCAGCUAUGUCAAGACCUCUGCCUUCCAGUGCGAGCGGAACCCCUGCCCCAUGGACAGCCGAGCCUGCCAGCUGGCUGCCAGCUCCAUCUCCUUCCACUACCUGCCGCUGCAGGCCAACCGCACGGCGCCCCGUGUCCUGUUCAGGAUGUCCACCACGCGCUCGCUGGGGGACAGCCUGCGCUUCGCCAUCGCGGGCGGCCACGGCCGCGGCGUCUUCGCCGUGCGGCGCUCGGACCGGCACACGGGAGAGCUGCUGCUCACCAGCCCCGUGGCGGGGCCGGCCACGCUGGAGGUGGAGGUGGAAAUGAGCGAGUUCUCCCACAAGGUCCUCCUGGGCAAGCACAUCUUCAAGGUCACGGCCUUUGUGUCCCCAUAUGUGUUUUGAUUGCCUUUGAAGGCAGGUGUGGGCCUCUCCUGAGGAGGAAUGGAGCAAGCUCAGCUCAGUGGUCGCAGAUUUUGUCCCAUUGGAGAUAUCACUCUGCCAUAAUGCUUUCUCAUAGCCAUCGCAGCAAAAACUGUGUCCCUAUAGGAAAAAACCCCACUGCCAAUGGAGGGACCGGCCUGGAGGUGCCUGCCUCUGCCAGCCCCCCUUCCUCUCUGCCCACGUGGCAUG